AUGAGGACCAAACUGCCUUGGAAGAGUCAUCUGUUGUGCUUUUCAUUAACUUACAACCCCCCUGUACAGGCUGCUUUCUCUCGGCUGUCUCUGGCCUUUCGCUGUGAUCAGUACACGCUGUGCCAGAGGCUGGAGACAGAGGAACACGCUCGAGACAAUGCUGAGGACAACCUCAAACUAGAAGUGGAAAGAGGCAUGGAAGUGCUUGAGACACUCAAGGGAAUGUGUUUAGAUAUCACGCGUGCCGGGCUUCUCCAGCGUCUUGAGUUGUGUCUUAACAUUAUCGGAGGCACCAUCGGAAGAAUCUCCAACACAGCAGAGGUUCUUGGGGCUGUGCAUCAGGAAGCCAAAGUGAGCCAUGCAGUGGAACUGAUGGUGGCUCAUGUGGAGAACUUGAAGCGCCGUCAUGACAGAAACAGCACUGAAUUGGAGGAGAUGAAGAAACAGAUAGAGAAAAGCAGCAGAGAGCGACAUGUCAGUGAGCAGUGGGAGGAAACUGACACUAUUGAAAAACUGGAAAAAGACGCACAGAAGCCUCAGUUACGGCGUAGAAAAAGUACAAACAUCUUUGCAAAGCAAAUCCAGAAGCAAAAAAUGAAGGAGUCAGAAGCUAUACUAUCUUCAGUGACCAAUGAGAUCUGUGAAGAGAUCAAAUCAACCACAAAGAAACCAGACCACACAGAUGACUGUCAAAAGAGCAGAGGGGAAGCAGUACCUCAAGAUGACAAUCCCUCACAAACUGCCACAUUGGAUGGUCCUGAGGAGACAUCUUCUGCCCAAAUUCAUCCUAACCAGACUAUGAGACUUGAGCUGGACACCAGUUUUGUAAAAAAACACACAAGUUCAAUGCCAGUAUUACCUCAUCAAAGACCGAGGAGGAAGGCGUCGCUUGAGCACAGUCAUGCCUGGCUGAAGACAUCUGAACACUACCUCAGAGACGGCGAUAGAUGUGUCAUAAGCUCACAGCGCCCUCUUAUGCAGUGGAUGUAUCGUUGCCGCUGGAUAGUCCUUGUCAUUUACCUCGCUGUUCUUUGCUCAAUCAUUAUAUUAGCCAUAUUAGUGUGGUUGCUGCAAACCCCCGUCUUAUGGAUGUGAAAAUUGUAACAAAUAUCUACAGAAAUGGAAAUGUGAUUAAUAUUUUGAAAGCACUGUUGAUAGCUUUUAAUUACUACUCGAUAGAGGUUUUAACUUUGUUUUAGGAAAUACUUUUGAUGUAUAGUUGCAAAUGG